UCAGUCUUGCACAGGUGUACCGGCUCCUCCCCUUCAGUCUUGCACAAGUGUACUGGCUCCUCCCCUUCAGUCUUGCACAGUUUUACCAGCUCCUCCCCUUCAGUCCUGCACAGAUGUACUGGCUCCUCCCCUUCAGUCUUGCACAGGUGUACAAACUCCUCCCCUUCAGUCUUGCACAGGUGUACCUGCUCCUCCCCUUCAGUCUUGCACAGGUGUACCGACUCCUCCCCUGCAGUCUUGCACAGUUAUACCUGCUCCUCCCCUUCAGUCUUGCACAGGUGUACUGGCUCCUCCCCUUCAGUCUUUCACAGUUAUACCUGCUCCUCCCCUUCAGUCUUGCACAGGUAUACCUGCUCCUCCCCUUCAGUCUUGCACAGGUGU